GGCCCUCAUGGAGCUGCUGGCCGCAGCCUUCAACGCCGCCUGCGCCGUGGACCACGACAGCUGCACCUCGGAGAGCGACGCGCGCGACUCAGCGGCGGGACACCUGCCCGGCAGCGAGUCGUCCUCCACCCCGGGAAAUGGGGCCACGCCCGAGGAGUUCCCGGCCCUCGCCGACAGCCCCACCACGCUCACCGAGGCCUUGCAGAUGAUCCACCCUAUUCCCGCCGACUCCUGGAGAAACCUCAUCGAGCAAAUAGGGCUCCUGUAUCAGGAAUACCGAGAUAAAUCAACUCUCCAAGAGAUUGAGACCAGGAGGCAACAGGAUGCGGAAAUACAAGGCGGUGCUGACGGGUGCCCAUCCAGCGAGGAGGCUCCAGAGGAAGAUGAAGGGGAGGAGGAGGAGGAGCCAGCAAGCCCACCCGAGAAGAAGGCCCUGCCCCACAUCUGCCUGCUCAGCAACCCCCACUCGAGAUUCAACCUCUGGCAGGAUCUCCCGGAGAUUCAGAGCAGCGGGGUGCUGGACAUCCUCCAGCCGGAGGAGAUCAGGCUGCAAGAGGCCAUGUUCGAGCUCAUCACUUCGGAGGCCUCCUACUAUAAAAGCCUGAACCUGCUGGUGUCCCACUUCAUGGAGAACGAACGGCUGAAGAAGAUCCUGCACCCGUCCGAGGCACACAUCCUCUUCUCCAACGUGCUGGACGUCAUGGCCGUCAGCGAGCGGUUUCUGUUGGAGCUGGAGCGCCGGAUGGAGGAAAACAUCGUUAUUUCGGACGUGUGUGACAUUGUGUACCGCUACGCCGCUGACCACUUCUCCGUCUACAUCACCUAUGUCAGCAACCAGACCUACCAGGAGCGGACCUACAAGCAGCUGCUCCAGGAGAAAGCAGCCUUCCGGGAGCUGAUUGCACAGCUGGAGUUGGACCCCAAGUGCAGGGGGCUGCCCCUCUCCUCCUUCCUCAUCCUGCCUUUCCAGAGGAUCACCCGCCUCAAGCUGUUGGUCCAGAACAUCCUGAAGAGGGUGGAGGAAAGGUCUGAGCGCGAAGGCACCGCCUUGGAUGCCCACAAGGAACUGGAGCUGGUGGUGAAAGCGUGCAACGAGGGCGUCAGGAAGAUGAGCCGCACAGAGCAGAUGAUCAGCAUCCAGAAGAAGAUGGAGUUCAAGAUCAAGUCAGUGCCCAUCAUCUCGCACUCCCGCUGGCUGCUGAAGCAGGGCGAGCUGCAGCAAAUGUCCGGCCCCAAGACCUCGCGGACCCUGCGGACCAAGAAACUCUUCCGGGAGAUUUACCUCUUUCUCUUCAACGACCUGCUGGUGAUCUGCCGGCAGAUUCCAGGAGACAAGUACCAGGUGUUUGACUCGGCCCCGCGGGGCCUGCUGCGCGCGGAGGAGCUGGAGGACCAGGGCCAGACGCUGGCCAACGUCUUCAUCCUGCGGCUGCUCGAGAACUCGGAUGACCGGGAGGCCACCUACAUGCUGAAGGCGUCCUCUCAGAGCGAGAUGAAGCGCUGGAUGACCUCGCUGGCCCCUAACCGAAGAACCAAGUUCGUUUCCUUCACAUCCCGGCUGCUCGACUGCCCCCAGGUCCAGUGUGUGCACCCGUACGUGGCCCAGCAGCCGGACGAGCUGACGCUGGAGCUGGCCGACAUCCUCAACAUCCUGGACAAGACAGAGGACGGCUGGAUCUUCGGCGAGCGUCUGCAUGAUCAGGAGCGAGGCUGGUUCCCCAGCAACAUGACCGAGGAGAUCUUGAACCCCAAGAUCCGGUCCCAGAACCUCAAGGAGUGUUUCCGUGUCCACAAGAUGGACGAUCCUCAGCGCAGCCAGAAUAAAGACCGCAGGAAGCUGGGCAGCCGGAAUCGGCAAUGA